AUGCAUCUCUGUCUUGAGAAACUAAGGUGGACCCCUUACUCACCUUCCAGAAAACAGAAUAAGACACCUAGUCCUGAUACAGACCGCUUUGAUCUGGAUUCUGACCAGAACCACACUGAGCAUGUCACCUCUUUCCAUUUCCAUAUAUAUGGUGUGUUUGGCGAUGAAGUGAAGUCAGUGUCAGUGAUGGAGGGAGAUUCUGUUACUCUACACACUGAUAUUACUGAAAUACAAAGAGAUGAUCAGAUACUGUGGAGGUUUGGACUUCAAAAGACUCUUAUAGCUCGAAUCAAUGGAGUGGCCAGAGAUAUCUCAAUAAAUGCCGAUGUUCUUGAUGGGAGAUUCAGAGACAGACUGCAGGUGAAUUAUCAGACUGGAGAUCUCACCAUCACAAACAUCACAACUCAACACACUGGACUUUAUCAACUAAUCAUUAACAGCGCUAAAGAGAUCUCAUACAGAUUUAACGUUAUUGUAUAUGCUCGUCUGCCCAUUCCUGUCAUCACCACACAAAACUCUUCAUCAUCAGAAACAUCAUCAUGUGUGUUAUUGUGUUCAGUGUUGAAUGUGAGAGAUGUAAGUCUGUCCUGGUACAAAGGAAACAGUUUAUUGUCCAUCAUCAGUGUGUCUGAUAUCGACAGCAGCAUCUCUCUUCAUCUGAAGUGUCUGGAUGAUUCUUACAGUUGUGUGGUGAACAAUUCAAUCAGUAAUCAGACUCAACAUCUCAAUACGGAUCUCUGUCAGACGUGUUCAGACUGUUUUUGCUGCUGCUAUGUUCCUGAAACUGUGAUCCGAUUGGUCAUCUCUGCUCUGGUGGGCGUGGCUAUGGUUGCUAUUCUGGUUUAUGAUGUCAGAUCGAGCAGAGCUGAACAGAAAAAAAGAUCAAAGACACCAUGAGACCGUCACAGAUUAAUUAUAUAUUGUCGUUUCUUUGAUUUUUAUUCAUAAAAUUGAGAAUCUUGUGUGUUUGAGGGUAGUUUAGCUGUAUUUCUGGAAUAAAUACUCCCAUUUUCAAAGGCAUGUCUGUUGUGAAUUUGUCUGUGGA